AGCGGCGCCGCCUCCUCGUCGCGCCGGGCACGGCGGGCCGGGGCCUUUGUGUGCGGGAGAGGCGGCGUCGCGGGGCGGUCGGUCGGGCGGUCGGUCGGCGAUGCUUGCUCGGGGCCCGCCGAGCCGGAUUAACUGUGCUGAUCAGGAGGCAACUUCAUAGAAGCUGCUAAGAUGGGCAUGAGGAUCAAGCUGCAGAGCACCAACCACCCCAACAACCUGCUGAAGGAACUCAAUAAGUGUCGGCUCUCAGAGACCAUGUGCGAUGUCACCAUUGUGGUGGGGAGCCGCUCUUUCCCAGCCCACAAAGCCGUGUUGGCAUGUGCGGCUGGCUACUUCCAGAACCUUUUCCUGAAUACUGGGCUUGAUGCUGCCAGAACCUAUGUGGUGGACUUCAUCACCCCUGCCAACUUUGAGAAGAUUCUGAGCUUUGUGUACACAUCUGAGCUCUUCACAGACCUGAUCAAUGUUGGGGUCAUCUAUGAGGUGGCUGAGCGCCUGGGUAUGGAGGAUCUCCUCCAGGCUUGUCAUGCCACCUUUCCUGACCUGGAGAAUACUGCUGUUGCCAAGCCCCUGACCAGCACCAGUGAGAGCCACGCCAGUUCUUUGAAUUGCGGCUCAGUAGAACCAACCCAUCCCCUUGGAGAACUUCGUGGUAGUGGGGAGCACUUUGCCCCUGAUAGAAGUUAUAUAUUGUCUAGUGAUAUUGGAGAAAACUAUAAAGAGGAAGAGAGAAAUGUCAUCAAUGAUACAAACCGUGGCUUGUCAAUAUCACAGCAGCCACCACCACCAAAGACAGAAGAUCAUGACACACCUGCUUCUUUCACAUCUGUUCCUGGUGUGGGGACCCAGCCAGUCCUCAGCAACAUCAGUAUGGGCAUUCAAACCAGCACAAGUUCCUGCCUGCCAUUCAAAGUUCAGAGCAAUGGCGACUUCAGUAAAAACAGCUGUUUCAUUUCUGACAAUGCAAUAGACAUUACCACUGGGACCAACUCCUGUCUGAGCAAUAGUGACCAUUCCAAAGAUCCAAGCUUUGGGCAGAUGGAUGACCUCCAGCUGGAGGACCUGGGGGAUGAAGACUUGCAGUUUGAAGACCCCACUGAGGAAAUUGGUACAGCUGAGGAGGUAAUUGAGUUGAGUGAUGAUACUGAGGAUGAGCUGACUUUUGGAGAGAACGACAACCAAGAGAAUAAGGCCAUGCCUUGCCAGGUCUGCAAGAAAGUUCUAGAGCCCAACAUCCAGCUGAUCCGACAGCAUGCACGGGACCAUGUGGACUUGCUAACAGGCAACUGCAAGGUCUGCGAGACCCACUUUCAGGACCGAAACUCUCGGGUGACCCAUGUUUUAUCCCACAUAGGUAUUUUUCUUUUCUCCUGCGACAUGUGUGAAACCAAGUUCUUUACCCAGUGGCAGCUCACUCUACACCGACGGGAUGGAAUAUUUGAGAACAACAUCAUUGUCCACCCCAAUGACCCCCUGCCUGGGAAGCUUAAUCUGUUUUCUGGAACGGCCUCUCCAGAAUUGAAAUGUGCCGCUUGUGGAAAGGCAUUGGCCAAAGAUUUCCAUGUAGUCCGGGGUCACAUCCUCGACCAUCUAAACUUGAAGGGCCAGGCAUGCAGCAUCUGUGACCAGCGCCACCUCAACCUCUGCAACUUGAUGUGGCACACACUUUCACAUCUUGGCAUUUUAGUCUUCUCCUGCUCUGUCUGUGCAAAUAGCUUUGUGGAUUGGCAUCUCCUCGAGAAGCACAUGGCUGUGCACCAAAGCCUGGAAGAUGCCCUAUUCCGCUGCCACUUGUGUGGCCAGAGUUACAAGUCGGAAGCUGCCUAUCGCUACCAUGUCAGCCAGCACAAAUGCAACAGUGGCCUUGACGUGCGGCCUGGUUUAGGGCUCCAGCACCCAGCUGUCCAGAAGCGAAAGCUGCCUGCUGAGGAAUUCCUUAGUGAUGAGCUGGCUCUGCAAGGCCAACCUGGGAACAGCAAGUAUAGCUGUAAGGUCUGUGGGAAAAGGUUUGCCCACACAAGUGAGUUCAACUAUCACCGGCGGAUCCACACAGGUGAGAAGCCAUACCAGUGUAAGGUGUGCCACAAGUUCUUUCGAGGCCGCUCGACCAUCAAGUGCCACCUGAAGACGCACUCGGGGGCCCUCAUGUACCGCUGUACGGUCUGUGGCCACUACAGCUCCACUCUUAACCUCAUGAGCAAACAUGUUGGCGUGCACAAAGGCAGCCUCCCACCCGACUUCACCAUUGAACAGACCUUCAUGUACAUUAUCCAUUCCAAAGAGGCAGAAAAGAACCCAGACAGCUGACUGGGUCUCAGCAGAGCCUAGGGAACUCCCAAGAGACAGCCAGGACAUUAUUGAUUUUCUGGUCCCUCUCCGGCUGAAGUUAACAGUUUUGCCUUGCUAGCAAGUUGGUUCUGUCUUGUGUUUAAAGAAAGAAGAAAGAGCACAUAAGUUGUCACUGUUUUUGAGAAGCAAUGGCCCUAUCAUGUUUACCUCCUUACCUAUUCUUGCCCACGAGGGCUGCUUUUUAAAAGUCUUUUGAGGCCAAUGUCGGGGUCUUAGGCGUUUUGUGUCAUCUAGAUCCCCCUUUCCAGCCUCUCAAGUUUUAGUUUACUGAUGAUAGGUUUUAUGCUGCUAAGACGCCAGCCAACAUCCUCACUGAAUAGAGGGGGUGGAGAGAGGUUUUCACUGUGGGUAUUUCUGCCAGACUUUAACCGGAACAGUCAGAUCUGAGAGACGUUGAAAUGUGGCCAUUAAAAGACAGGUCAGCAGGGCCACUCACCUCAGGU